AAAGAAGAUCUUUGAAAGACGGAAACAGUGCUUCCUCUCAUAAUACCCAAACUAUCACUUCGUUUUCGAUAUUGGUUCUGGCGUUGGCUUCGGGAGACAUUCCCUACUGUAACGAUCGAGUCGGGGACUGA